AUGAAUUCUUCCAAGAAAAGCUUUGCAAGAUUCUUCUUUCUUGGGCAAUCCAUUGCAUCGAUGUUUUUCAUCGUGUACGUGAUGCUACCGAACAUAUCGCUGCUUCCGAAUACACCCAAGUCACAAGUGCUUUCAAGCCGUCCACAUUAUUUAAGGAAUUUAGCGCAGUUAUAUCCAAGUGGAAAUCACAGCUCAGGCAAAAAUAAAGAAAAAAAAAAGGCACGUAGUGUUGAAGGAGUGGUCUCGAAAAUAUUUUUUGGAAGACGUAAAAAAAAGUCCAAUAAAAGCAACAGGGGCGAACCUUCUGAAUAUCAAUCAAAUGAUGCACAACAGAGUAUUCAAAGAGAAGAAAAACAAUUAACAGAAGAAGAAAUAAAGGAAUUGAUAAACUCUUUAGAAUUAUAUCCACAGAUGACCCAAAUUCGUAAAGUAUGGUUGCAAGUGUGUAGAAACGAAGUAAAUAAAUUUUAUGAUACUAUAACUCACUUCUUUACCUUAUAUGAUGAAAUAAGGUAUAGGUAUAAAGUGAGAAAAGAUACCUUUAGAAAAAAUAUCUGGGAAUAUUUUGACGAAAUAGCAAUAAAACAACUACAAAGCAAAGAAAUUUAUUUUGGAAAACUCAUUAAUGAUCUCAUUAAGGAGAAACCCAUAACGAAAAAUGAACUUAAGAUUUUGACUGAACAGUAUAAAAUUGCAUGCACUGAAUUAAGAGAAAAGCUAUUCAGUAUGUGCCAAGUUGAAAUAGCUCAAGUUAUGAUGCAGUUACCGUGGUGGAAGAAUUUUUAG